CAAAGCUGUCAAACUGUCAAUCACUUUGCAUUCCUUCGUCAGCUGUUCGGAACAAACAAUUAUUAUCGAAACUAUUUGUUUUGUUAUUUAUCACAAGUUAAGUAAAUAAAUACGUUUAAAAUACACUAUUUUGAAUAAAGUCACAUAAACUAAGUUGUGUACAUUAGUAUACAAACACUAUGGUGGAAGAUUCAAGUCAAAACUCUAACAAACCAAAGGCAAAAGCCACUCGCCCGAAAGCAGUUUAUCUGUGGACAGAAGCCGAUGUUCAGAAGUGGCUACGACGUCACUGUAGUGAUUAUUAUCAUUUGUAUUGGGAAAGAUUUCAUGAGCAUGAUAUAACUGGCCGUGCUCUGGUUCGUAUAAAUGAUAACACAUUAUUACGAAUGGGCAUAACAAACAGAGAACAUAGAGAUGCAUUAUGGCGAGAAAUAUUGAAAUUACGUCUGAAGGCUGAUAUUGUGGAAAUACGAGAUCUGGAAAGGAGACACUAUUAUUUCAACUAUGAUUUGUGACACGAAGACCUUGAACCUGGAACGUUUUGGUCCACUCAUCUGUUGCUAAUAAAACAUUACUUCACAGGCAGUUUUCAUUGUAACAAGCGUAGUACUGUCACACAACUUGUGCGUGCCUUAUUUGUUAUGCUUACAGUUAAUAAAAUUUUAAACAGUAGAUAACAAAUAAUUCUAGUAGUUUAUAUAAUUAUUUUGUGUAAUCGUUUUUUUUAUACGACUUAGAAUGGCAAACAAGCUGACGGCCCACCUGAUGGAAAGUGGUAACCGUCGCCUAUAGACAUGAGCAGUACCAUGGACAUAACAAAGUAUACUGUUUCGCCCAUGAUACCCCCCAUGCAUUGCCAUUCCUAUUCCUGAGGACUCAGGUGUUAUUCCUCUGUACCCUGUAAAUUCACGCCAUAUCCCACCCUUCAAACCGAAACACAACUGCUUCACGGUUGAAACACGAACGGGACAGAGGUACCCAAGCAAUCGACUUUUGUACAAAGUCUCCCUCUAGUUACUAGUGAAAAGAAAUUUUUUAUUUUAAUAUUAUAUUAUUAUAGGUAAAAACAGUAUAAUAAUAUAUGUAAUAAACUCUUUAUAUUGAAUCAUAUUUUCUUUUUGAAUAAAAUAUAUUUAAACAAAUAUAAUAUGAUAUUAAUUAAUUAAAUUGCCAAUUUAAAUUACUAAGGAUUUGAUGUUUGCAUUACUUCAGUGUGCAAACACAUUAUAUAUUGUACUAAUAUUGUUACUAAAUUUGUAAGUAUUCUAAAUAUAAUUUUAAAUAAGAUACAAACAAUAAUAUUAUCUUUGACAAUAUUAGAUUCAGCACAUAAGGUGUUUUUCUCUUUCAGAGAUUUGUAAGAUAUUGUCCUAGUGGUAUAUAACACCAUCUUUUGUAGUUGAUACGAGGUUUCAUCAUUUUUAUUAUAGGUAUACAUAUUGAAUAGUGAAAAUUUUAUAUUCAAAAUAAGGUAAGUUGUUAAGUAACUUACUAUAUUGUUAAAAAAAUAUAUUUAAUAUGUAAAUAAAGUAUUACCUAAUUUGAGGUGUUUUAAUUUUUGUCAAUAACACCAAUUUUAUACAAUUGUCUACAUUUAUAUAUUAGUUAAAUGUAAAACUGUUAUUACAGGAAUUCCAAAUUCGAUAUUUAAACAAUCAAAAUAUCUGCAUCCUUAUAUGUUUAUGGGGCACUCGGCUAUAGACAAUAUGAUAAUAUUUUACUAUAUUUUUCAAACUUCAGAGACACCUGAUUAUUAUUGUUAAUACCUUGAAAUAAAAUGUAGUUAAAAUAACAUUAGUACUGUAUAAAUCUUCAAUAAGUAUAUUUUAUAUUAUGGUCUAUUUAAGCAUCUAGUUUUAAGACUAAAAAAAUUAUAACUGUGAAUUAAAAGAUCAUCUGAUAAUGAGCCAUCUAGAAAUGUGUUAUGGAAUCCACAUAUAACAGUUACUAUAUUAAUAACGAUGUAGAGUAAUAUAACGAUUUUGAGAAUAUAUGUAACAGUUAAUUUUAAAUUUUCGCGUUGUUUACAUAUAUUUUAAAUACACAAUGGGUAUUAUUUAUCUUUAAAAGCUUUUACAUCGCGUUAAGUUCCAAUUGUGUACUUAGAAUGAGAUAUGUACAUACAUCCUGAUUUAAUAAGUAAACUUUAUAUAAAUAUAUAUUUAACGAUUAGGCCAUUUUAUUUCUAUAAUGUUUAAGAAUGUUCACAAUGUCUACCUACUGUUAUGUAUUAGUAAUAAAAUAUUGUGCAUGUUC